AUGAAAGUCCAAAGAGGAAAAGAGAAUGAUGGGUGGAAGAAGAGUGAGUGAACGAGUUGGGUUGAAGAAGAGGCGGUGAAAAUGAAGGUAACAUGGAAGAACAACAACAAGAAGCAAAAGCAACGUUGUUUACCCACCUUGUCACACUUCACUGAUCCUCCAUUUGAGCAUCAUCAUCAACAGGACCAACCCCAUUCACACCCUGAACAAGAAGAACAUAGCGAUGGAGUGCGUGCUGCUCCCAAUCCUGAUCAAUCCUUGGAGGAAGCAAGACAAUUGGCUAAGGAGUUUCAAGCUCAAGGAGACAACCUCGCUGUGGACGGAAAAUAUCGGGAAGCCCUAGGAAAAUGGGAAGCUGCUCUUACAUUGGCACCUGAUAUUCCAGUUUUGCACGAACAAAAGGCCCAAGUUUUACUAGAAAUUGGAGAUGCUUGGAAUGCUUUAAAAGCUGCAACUCGAGCUACUGAAUUGGAGCCAUCAUGGGCAGAGGCAUGGGUCACACUUGGCAGAGCACAGCUGAAUUUCGGUGAGCCAGAUAAUGCAAUUGAAAGCUUUGACAGAGCGUUAGCUCUUAAGGCUGUACUGGUUGAUCUGGGCUUGUAUAUUUUAAUUAGCAAAAUUGAACCAGAACAUCGCUGCAUUUUUAUUUUGGGCUUGUGGGUUGUUGUGGCAAGUUAUAUUCUUGCUACCUGUGUAUAUCCUGAUUACCAGGAAGCUCGAGAUGAUAGGCAAACCGCAUUACGCCUUGUAAAGAAGAGAAAGCAACUUCACUCGUCAGGCUUGAGUGAUAUUCAAAAUCGUUAUUCGGUUGGCGAGAAGGAUGGAAGCUCAUGAAAGCAGACAACAGGGGAGAUUAAUUACAACAUUCGUAAUGUUUUAUUAUCUUAGUUUCGGUUGAGACAUGAAACUUUUGUAUGCUUUCAGCAGCUCAGUUCUCAAAAGAUCGUUGAGAUGUACAGGUAGCAUGAUAGUUUUAUGAAUGUGAUGAAUUGUUUAAUGCUGAAAGAAAAAGUAAUAGGGUGUACAUGUGUAUUACCUAUUGUAGUAUUGAGUACCCAUAGAUUAUGAUAUAAGUAAGAGCUAUUGUAUCUUUAGUUUUAUUUUAUUUAUCAUCAUUGAAAAUUGAAGAAA